AUGAUUCCUCCAGCCGACUCUUUGCUGAAAUACGACACUCCGGUUUUGGUGAGCAAAAACACAGAGACAAAGUCGCCAAAGGCACGCCCAUUGAAAGUAAGCCCCCAACAGCCUGCUGCCAGUGGACCUGUUCCACCGCCACCUAAACCAAAACCAGCCUCAUCUGAUGCCAGCAGGCAGCAAACCGAGGAGAUCCUCAAUGCUAUUCUUCCACCCAGGGAAUGGAUGGAGGGGAACCAGUUGUGGAUACAGCAGGUUUCCAGCACACCUUGCACCCGAACGGAUGUGGUGCACCUUCAGGAGCAACUGGACUUGCAGCUACAGCAGAGACAGGCCAGGGAGACCGGCAUCUGCCCUGUCCGCAGGGAGCUCUACACCCAGUGCUUUGAUGAGAUGAUCAGACAGGUGACCAUCAACUGCGCUGAGAGAGGUCUGUUGCUGCUGCGGGUGAGAGAUGAGAUUCGCAUGACCAUAGCUGCCUACCAGACACUGUAUGAGAGCAGUGUGGCUUUUGGUAUGAGGAAAGCCCUGAUGGCUGAACUGGGCAAGUCAGACAUGGAGAAGAGGAUUUCUGAUCUGGAGAGCGAGAAGUUGGAGCUGGAAAAGCACGUCAAUGAGCAGAAAGCUAAGUGUGAAGCCACUGAAAAGAGGGAGAACGAGAGGCAACAGCUCGAAGCGAAGAAGCACACAGAGGAGAUUCAGUUCUUAAAGAGGACUAACCAGCAGCUCAAGGCCCAGCUGGAAGGGGCCAUUCCCCCGAAAAGUGACUGUCUCGCCAAAAGGACCGAUUCAACACACCAAUAAAGAAUUCUAUAAUGAGGUGAUU